AUGGACGAGAUCUCAGAAGAGCUCGAAGCCUUGCAGACUGAGUUGACCGUGCUGGGCUUGAAGGAAGAUAAGAUGCAAGAUCAAAUCGAUCAGGUGAACACGCGCCUUCAGAUAGUUGAAUCCUUGGAAAAGCAAUUGGGAAAGGUUGAGCUCUUGGUCGAGAAUAAUUCCAAGGUACAGCAAGACAUCUUCGCCAUACUACGUGAAAUGCGAGCAGAGAAACCUCCCUCCCCUGUUCCCCAAGCGUCUGCUUCUUUGGUUGUUCAACCCAGCAUACAACCACAGACCCAACCGGAUCCAGGGGCCACAACAGCAAAUUCCACAGGAGAAACUCUUACCACGCCACAGGGACAGCAAACGCAACUGCUAAACAGUUUGACAGGCAGAAAUGUCAGUCAGCAAACUCCACCAGUAGUGAUUACUGCGAUGCAACACCAAACUGACAGAGCAAUGCAGUUUCUGAAGAGCAUUUCCAAAGGUCCUAAGAUAGAUUUCCCUACUUUCAGCGGGGAUAAUCCCUUGGGAUGGAUCAGACAAGUCAACAAAUAUUUUCAGCUGGCUCAAAUUCCUGAUGAGUGCAAAGUGGAUUUAGCAUUGACGUACAUUGUUGGGAGGGCUGAUAAUUGGGUCAGGAGUGCUAGAAUGGAAAAUAAUAGAUUACCAUGGCCAGAUUUUUGCCGAGCAUUAUGUGACAGGUUUGCAGAAUCUAGCAUUUAUGAAAUACUGGAAAAAUUCCAUAGCCUCAAACAGAACACUAUGUCAGUAGCUGCUUAUACUGAUAAGUUUGAGGAAGUAAUGGCAGUGGUUAGGGAUGAACAUCCAUACCUGCAAGAAAACUAUUAUAUAGUGAGCUUUGUCAAUGGACUUAAACCCAGCAUCCGAUGUAAUUUGAGACCACAAAGACCUACUACUCUAAGCCAGGCAUAUUGGCUUGCCAGAGACUAUGAAAGUGGACUGCAGGCAAAAUAUCUGUCUUACAUCAACCACCAAGAAAAACAGUCUCAAACUCACUCUGGACAGUCCAAAACUACUAUCCUGCCAGCUCCUAACUUACAAAUCCCUCCUCCAGCAGCAGCUAUAAGGAAACCAGGGGUUUGUUGGAGAUGCAAUGGACCUUGGGUUCCUGGUCAUAAGUGCAAACAAUCUCCUGCACUACAUGCCAUUGUUAGUGAGAAUGAACCUAAAGAUAUGUCACCUGAAGAAGAAGCACAAUUAGCAGUACUAACUGCAGAAUGGCAAUUUACAGAGCUAAUAGAUAAAUGUAUGCACAUCUCUGCACAAGCUGUAUCAGGGGACUCCUCUGAAUCCACUAUAGCAGUGAGCAUUUUUCUGGGAGGAAAAAAAGGAGUAGCCCUAAUAGAUACUGGGAGCACUAAUACAUUCAUUGAUCUCAAAUUUUCCCUGAAGGCUAAUUGCCAAUUGGUCAAUACCCCAACUCAAAAAGUGACAGUGGCUGGUGGUGGUUCUUUAAAUUCAGGAGCUGUUGCACCGAACACUAAUUUCAAAAUAUACAAUGAGGACUUCUCCAAUGAUCUAACAGUGUUAGAUUUCCAAGGCUAUGAUAUUGUUUUAGGGUGUGAUUUUCUGAAAAAGCACAGCCCUCUAUCAAUGGACUUUGAUGCAAGAACUGCCACUAUCAACAAGGACAAGACACAGUCUGUAACAUUUGCAGAUUGUACAGUGGCACAACCACCUAAGCUCAUUUCUGCAGAAAAAGCAGAGAAGUUAUGUUCACAGGGAGCAGUGGGUUUUGCAAUGAGUCUCCAAUUUAUGACCCAAGUCAGUAACUAUAGUUGCAUAUCUACCCAGCCUGAGCCAAAGAUUACAGAGGAACCCUUGCCAGUUUUGGAACAAUAUAAGGAAUUGUUCACAGAACCAACUAAUCUGCCACCCACCAGAGAAUGUGACCACACCAUUCCUCUUAAAGAAGAUACCACACCCCCCAAUGUGAGACCAUACAGAGUCCCUCAUUUACAGAAAAAUGAGAUGGAACAGCAAAUUCAACUGUUGCUUUCCAGGCACAUAAUUCAGCACAGCAUGAGCCCAUAUGCUUCUCCUGCUAUCCUUGUCAGAAAAAAAGGAGGAACUUGGAUACUUUGCAUAGACUACAGGAAAUUGAAUGCACAAACAGUUAAAAACAAGUUUCCUAUACCUGUCAUAGAGGACCUCCUAGAUGAGUUACAUGGAGCAGCUAUCUUCAGCAAAUUGGACUUGAGAUCUGGUUAUCAUCAAAUUAGAAUGAAAACUGAAGAUGUUCACAAAACUGCAUUUAGAACUUAUUCUGGACAUUUUGAGUUCUUGGUUAUGCCCUUUGGCCUCACCAAUGCACCUGCUACCUUCCAGGCCUUGAUGAACAAAAUCUUUGCACCCUAUUUGAGGAAAUUUGUGUUGGUAUUCUUUGAUGAUAUACUAAUUUUCAGUAAGACUCCAGAAGAACAUAAGGAACAUCUGGCCUUAGUAAUGGAAUUGCUCAAAAAACACCAGCUCUUUUUAAAUCAAGCAAAAUGCACCUUUGGUACUCCUACUGUGGAAUAUCUUGGACAUGUUCUUUCUGCUCAGGGGGUUGCUACAGACCCUGACAAAAUCUCAGCUAUAAAACAAUGGCCAAUACCAUCUACAACAACUGAAUUAAGAAGUUUCCUGGAUCUGGCAGGUUACUACAGAAGAUUUAUAAAGGACUGUGGCCUCAUUUGUAGACCACUCCAUGAUCUUCUAAAAAAGGAUGCAUUUCUAUGGCCCCCCUACAAACAGAAGCUUUUGAGAAAUUGAAGUUCAGUCUAUCACAUGCACCAGUGUUAGCAUUGCCUGAUUUCUCCAUUCCUUUUGAACUAGAGUGUGAUGCAUCUGGAGCUGGGAUUGGAGUUGUUCUCAUGCUAAAG